AUGACCUCCCUUCUGGCCAUAACAGUUCGCUUUUUGAUCCUAACUCAGUGGCUAGCACAACAGGUGACCAGCCUGCCACAGCAAGAUAUUUCAGCUGUCCUAGACAUGGCUUCCGAUGCAUUUGAUGAUCAGUAUGUGAACUGUACAGAGGAAAUGGAUAAAAAAGCACCCCAGCUGUUAGAAAAAGAACUGCAAGUAAAUAAAAUAUUUAAAAAUGAAUGGGAAAAGGCACAGAUAAAAUGGAAGAAAAUAAAGAAUAAAAUAGACAGUUCAAAACAACUCAAUGAUUUCCAAGGAACAGCUGUAGUGGCCUAUACUGGGGAUAUUUCAAUAGAAUUCAAUGAAGCUAUAAGAACAUUCGGCCAAAAUUCACGUGAAUUUCAGUUUAAAGCUUUCCAUUAUUAUUUGACAAGAGCUCUUCAGCUUCUCUAUAAAGGGGGAUGUCAUACAGUUUAUAGAGGUGCUCAGAAAAAGUUUAUUUACAGUGGGAAAGGAAACGUCCGUUUUGGCCAAUUUGCCUCAUCAUCUACUUCACUAAAAGAAGCUGAAAAAUUUCUUCAAGAGACCAGAGGGACACUGAGAGGGACACUGUUUAGCAUUCAUACGUGCCUUGGUGUUGAUAUUCAAGCAUUCUCUUACUAUCCAGAUGAAAAAGAAGUGCUAAUUCCAGGCUAUGAGGUGUUUCAGCAAGUCACCGAACUAAGCAAAAGUAAAACAUACAGUCGAUUUUCUCUUAAAAGUCUUGGAAAAUUAAAGAGUAAAUACAAUUGUUUCUACACUUCAGGAGUGAGACAAAGUCCAGCAUUCCGUCUGCUGCUGCCCAGCCUCCUCGCCCUGCAGCUCCUCCUUGCGGAGCUGUAACUCUCCCCUGCCUGGGGCCUGGUUCUGCAUGGGGCGUCAGGGAGGG